AUGCAGGAGAUCAGCUCGACGAUCUUCAGCGAGGAGACGGGCGUGGUGUCGAAUCCCCUUUAUACGUCGCUUAUUAAUCUCUCUUCGCCAAGCCUCAAAAGUGCGCCCAACGGAGAUCUCCAUUCCCCUUCCCAUACUUCUGGGAGCGCCGCUAAGGCUUCCCUCGCCGCGGGACCUCCGUCAGAGGCGCUCGCGGGCGGCCGCAAGGAGAACGCGAAAGUUAAUCCCGUGCCGAAGCCCCCUCGCAGCGGCUUCCCCGAGCGAAGCCAAUCAUGGGAACCCCCGGGCAGCCAAGGGCCCGACGACGGAACUCAAGUGCGUUUAAAAAGGCAGUCUUUCUCGAGCUUUGGAGAGGGGAGCACGCUCGCCUGCGGGGGAAGCGGAGAGUCCUCGGAGGACGAUGAUGUGUUCGGUGAAGUGACGCCUGAAGUGAAGGAGGAUUUAGCAGAAGCGAAGAACCAGCUGCUAAGCCAGAAAGAUAGUUACGAGAAACGCAGUGACAGUGAAGUCAGUGACGCAGAUUCUGCAGAAAAUUCCAGAAGAAAUCAGAGUAAGGUUGCCAAGUUCAUCAAGAGGUUUGAGAGCAUCGACCAGCAGAGCAACGGAAGUCGCAGUUCGAGGAGCGACGAAGAGGACGACGAAGAGGAGGGUCAGCCGGAGAAAACCGACGACGUCUACGAGGAAGACCUCAACAAGAUGAAGCUGGAACGCGGCUUGUCCAUCGACUCCCAGAGCGGCGGGGAUUUCCAAGCCUCUGAGCUCAUCGGCAGCAUCGCGAGAGAUUCUCCGCAGAGCCUAGAAUCGGAUAAGAUUCCCUUGUCCUUCAGCGACGAAAGCGCAGGCACGGACAAGGAGGAGAGCUCCAGCGAGAAUGGCGACCGAGAGCCUCACUCCAACGGAAUAUCAACCAGCAGUGAGGACCAGUUCGAAAAGCUCUACCUCGAGCUCAGCCAAGAGAGCCCCGACCACACAAAUGGUUUCGGAAAUACAAACGGUUCGGAGGAAACCACACAACCGAACGGCACCGAUCCGGGCCAGAGGAAUGGGGAGACGACGCCAAAAGAUCCUCUCGUUGAGGAGAAUGAGGCCAACGGCGAGGAUGCCGUCGAUAGUCCGGAGACGACGCCCAUGAAGAGAGUCAAUUCCAUCAUCAAAAAGAAGAACAAGGACUCAACCUCCUCGGGAACGGUCAAGAGAGUCCAGUUCAACCUCGACAUCCAAACCGUGGAACCACAACCCGUUUCCGACGACAGAACCCCCCACCCCCCACAACCAAAGGAGAAGAAAGAGCCGCCCACAGACCAACCCAAGAAGAAAUCAACCAAAGACCCCACCCCUGCCAAGGCCUCCCCUCCCCCUGAAGUCCCGCCCAACUCCCCCGUCAAGAAGCCUUCCUCCCCAGCCUCCUCUCCCACCAAGAAGAAAAGCCCAGACUCCCCAUCCAAGAAGGGCGGCCGGAGCUCCCCGAGCCCGACCCGCUCGCCGUCCAAGAAGAAGGGGAUCCUCUCCUCCCUCUUCGCCAGCUCGGCCUCCAAAAAGGGCGCGGGGAGCUCGGCGAAGGAGGAGACCACCAAGGGCGACGAUGCCACCAAUAUUCCGAAGCCUCAGACCAAGGAGGCUUCGGGGCUUCAACGCCAAACGACGCUGGAUAUGAACGCGCCCGUCGUGAUGAGCGCGUCAUUCAGUCGCGUUCUCUUCCUGUUUCGUGAACCUAACUGA